GGGACAAGAACCGUUGGUUACAGUGUUAAGUCGGACUUCGAGAAGUGACAGACGGGACAUCUAACUGGAAGGCAAAAAACCGUGAAAAAUUCCGCGUAACACAACAUUUAAAAAGAUACUCGACUGGGAUUGACCAAAAUGGAAAGCAGGAAUUAAUUUCUAUUGAUAGUGCAAUUUUUGGUGACCUACGAUACAGAGCAGUGUUCAGAGCGUGGACGUUUUCGACACGUGCGUAGAGACCAUAUGAUAUUUUGAUAAAGUUGGUGGAAUUGCUGCCGUCGAAAUUUAGACUUUGUACAGCUCUUUAUGGUGUAAUUAUACCUGUUUGCCUUGUGGCAUUAUACAGUCGAGCUGGUUUUUAAAUUCAUAUUCCAAUCUGUAUAAUUACAACUACUAAAAAGUUUGCCGGCACCUUUCACAAAUCGAAUUUAAUAAAUCUAUAAUCGUAUUGGAUGAUACUGUGUGUUUACACAUGGACUCCGGGGGAUUUAAACGUUGUAGACGGCUACCAAAUGUGUGUACACUGAUUUCUUAACCCAUCAUGAACUACUGAGCGAGUGUGUAUAUCUUACGACACCAGUUAUGGAGGGCUCGGAUGGAGCUGGUUCCGAGGUCGGCGUGGAGGUAAACACGGAAGAGGAGGACAAACUAUGGCGGGUCCUCACAGGAAAUUUACACGACCUACCGCCCCUCAGCUCCAAGAUCGUUCGGAUUUUCACCAGCUCCACUUUCACGGAUACGACUAUCGAGCGGAACUCCCUUAUGGAAAAUGUUUAUCCGAAAAUCAAAGAAUAUCUCCGAGAGAAUUAUGGAUUGGAAUUCCAGGUUGUGGACAUGAGAUGGGGUGUUAGGGAUGAAGCCACAGACGAUCACAUGACCACUCAACUGUGUAUGCAGGAAAUCGACAACUGCCAAAGACUUUCGAUUGGUCCAAAUUUUAUCGUCUUUCUUGGUCAGAAAUACGGUUAUCGACCUCUACCAACGAUGAUUGAUGCAGCGGAACUAGACAUGAUGCGUGAAUGUGUGCGUGAUGUCCCGGCGGAGGUAGAGUUACUGGAUAAGUGGUACAAGAAAGACGCGAACACGGUGCCACCUGUUUACAUAUUGCAGCCAAUCAGCACGAUCCUUACAAACUUCAACAACAAGAGACAUGCCAAAUUACAAGAGGCGGAUCAAGCGGAGUGGUGGGACACGUUUGGUCGGUUAUGUCGUAUCUUAAGAAAGGCUGCCCAGGUUCUUUUUAUCGCCCGGAAACUGGACAAGGAUCAAAUGCACAAUUAUUUCAUGUCAGUGACUGAGCGAGAGGUGGAGCGUGGAAUCCUAAAGGCCAAAGAUGUUUCCGACCAUUGCCUCGCAUAUGUACGGGAAAUUUCUAACAUAAACGUCCUGUUCCGCUUUGCCGCCAAAUUCAUUGAUUUUGCUGCCAGAAACGUAGAUGGUGAAGCACAAAAAUUUUUGAAAACACUUCGAGAUGAAAAACUUCCUGCUAAAUGUCCAGCUACUAAUUUAGUGAAAUACGCAGUGGACUGGAACGGGAAGGAGGGGAUCGACCCCGAAACACAUGCAGAAUAUCUCAAGAAUUUUCAGGAACACUUCUAUUCGUCAGUGACGCGUCUUGUAGAUGAAGCAAUGGCAAAGUAUGAGAAGCUUUCAAGUGACGCAGUUUACACUGAACAGCUACAACAUCUACACGCUUGUAACAACUCAUGUAAAGUGUUCCAAGGACGAGAUGAUAUCGUCAAUAGAAUCAAAGCAUACAUCCAAGGACCUUCCAACAAGCCAUUUAUCCUGUAUGGUGAAAGUGGUUGUGGGAAAACCUCCUUGACAGCGAAAGGAGCUAGCAUGUCAACGUCUUGGUGGCCAGAGAAUACGGAGGCGGUACUUGUUCUACGAUUCCUCGGAACUACACCCAACAGCUCGAGUGUGAUUCCACUCCUUGUCAGUCUGUGCAAUCAAAUAUCUUUUAUCUACGGCCAGCCCAAAGAUGAAAUUCCAGCGGACGAACUCUCGCCCUUAGUACAACACUUCAAAAAACUUUUGACAUCCGCCACUGCAGAGCGCCCGCUUAAUAUUAUAUUGGAUUCUUUGGAUCAGCUCUCUGGAGCUGACGGGGGUCAUUCCCUAGCGUGGCUGCCGACCAAUCUUCCCGAGAACGUUAAACUCAUUGUUUCCGCUAUACCUAGCAUGUACAACCUCCUCGAAACCCUACAAGCCCUUGUAGAAGUACCGGAAAAUUUCGUCCAGGUUCUUCCACUAGGAGAAAACUUAGGUGGUACUAUUCUAAAGUUCUGGUUAAAGAACGCGAGUAGAGAUAUAAGUACUGAACAGUGGGAGAUUGUUAACGAAGCUUUAUCAAAGUGCAAUUUGCCCUUGUAUGUAAAACUUGUAUUUGACGAAAUAUGUCGCUGGAAGUCUUACACGCCAUUGAAACAGACACAACUGAAUUUCACAAUUCAUGACACAAUUAUCAAACUGUAUGAACGAAUCGAAAUUCAGCACGGCAAAACUCUCGUUGCACAUGCUCUUGGAUACAUUACAGCGGCGAAAAGCGGUUUAUCUGAGUCUGAACUUGAAGAUUUGCUUUCAUUGGACGAAAAGGUCCUGAAUGACGUGUAUCAGUAUCACUUACCGCCUGUGCGUCGUAUUCCGCCUCUUCUGUGGACACGAAUUCGCAGUGACCUUCCUCACUAUUUGAGUGAAAGAGAAGCGGACGCCGUCAAUGUCAUCAAUUGGUACCACAGACAGUUUAUUGAAGCUGCAAGGGAAAGAUAUUUCAAGAACUUGAAUUUUGUCAGCGGCAUGCAUGCUAACAUAGCCGAAUACUUCCUUGGGUUAUGGGGAGGUGGUGUUCCAAAGCCCUUUACAUACUCGGAGCAACAACGCAGAAUGUUUCAUCUGGCUGACCUGAAUGGUGAAAGCGACCGAAAGGUUCCUGAACAGCCAUUGGCAUUUUACAACGAGCAAGGGGAAGUCAUUCGAUACAAUUUACGAAAACUAAAUGAGCUUCCGUUUCAUUUGAUCCGCUCUCACCAGUACGAAGAACUUUACAAUCACUGCCUUUUCAAUUACGGGUUUCUACACUCCAAAUUGAAUUCAAUGCCUCUGCAAAGUGUUCUAGCUGAUUUCGAAGACCUUAUGGACCAUGUGUUCCAAAAGGAUGCGAAACUAAUAGCUGAUGCAAUAAAACUGUCCAGUUCGAUUCUCGGUCAUUGCCCGGACAUGUUAGGUCCACAGAUCAUUGGUAGACUGCUGCCAUACUACCAACAGAACACCAAUAUUCGCAGCCUCAUUCAGCAAUGUGACAGUGAUGGUUUAGAGCACUGUGCUUUAGUUCCGGCUCAUCACUGCCUACACACCCCUGGUGGACCGUUGCAAUAUUCUUUAGAAGGUCAUCCAUUCGCGCCAUUUGGAAUUGGCACAACAUCCAAUGGGAAAUACUUGGUUUCAGUGUCGAAUAAAUUCAUCAUAUGGGAUCUUGUUACCAGUGAUAUAUUUCGACAGAUUGUACCCGGCAUUGGUGGCAUAAUGCAAAAUCUCGUCAUCAGCGAAAAUGAUAAAUACGCUGUCAGUUACACCAACAACAACCAAGUCGUUGUCUGCACGAUCAUGACAGGCGAUUUCCUCGUUCUAUCUCCAGAUAUCAAAAAGAAAGAUGAAUCAAUCAUUGGAACCUGCGUUUCGUUGACGCACAUUGCGACAUGGACAACCUCGUUAUGGUAUUUGUACACUCUCAAUGGCAAACUUAUUUCAAGUCACGUCAUUGAACUUAAAAUGCCACUGCUGUCAGUAGAGUUUGGAACAGAUAACAAGACUUACUUGAUUGUCAGGAGCGGAACCGAUUCAGAAUCGGACAUGGCGCUGGAAGUGCACGAUAAAUCGAUAUCGCCAUUUGAGUUCCACAGCGCAGUAGCGGUAUCGAAAGACAAAAUGCGUGUGUAUGCUUGCAUUGCUAUAAGUGACAACGCUAUAGCUGUAUACAAAAGGGAAAGCGACGCUUGGAAAUACGAUCGAACAUUGGGUGAUAAUUACGAUGCAAUAUUCUCAUUAACUCUUUCACAAGACGAGAAUUAUCUUGCAGCUACAAUUGCAAGUGGCUUUAAGCUUUGGAAUUUGCAAAAAGAUUCGCUAGUGAAAUUAAGUCUACCUCCACGAACCAGAAACAUUCCAAAUAAGAACCCUCUCAUUUCCCUUGUGGUCUUCACGAAGCAGAAUCACUUUGUUGUCGCUGCAGUUAGAAAGAAUUUGUAUGUCUGGGAUACAAAACAAGGGAAUAUGGUUAAAGUUUUGGACGCCCAUUUUGGCCGAAUCAUCUCAAUCGAUGCUGUGACGUCAGGAGGAAAUAAAAUCAUCUCUGCUUCCAUUGACAAAACCAUCAAAGUGUGGAAUUUUGACAACAUUUUGGAGGAUGUGUAUUCCAUCGAUCGUUUAGAAAAACCAAUUGAAUUCAUCCACCUCUCAGAUGAAAGUCCAUAUGGCGUAACGACAAGUCGAAAUUGUGUUGGAGUUUGGGAUCUAAAUACAGGAAAAUUGGUGUACACAUUGGAAACGAGAGCAGUGGUGUCUUUGGCGAGAAUAACGAGAGAUGGAAAAAAUGUUGUGGCAGCAGAAACCGGAAAACUCCUCUACUGGGAAGUCGAUCAAGAAUCUUCUUUCAGGUCCAUCCUGCAAAAGGAUGUCGCCGUCCUUUUCUUUGCUGAGGAGGACAUGCGUGUGAUAGCAAUAUCGAAACAAAUUGGAAACAAAGCGCUUUGCAAGGCGUACACAUUUCCUGAGGGAGAAACAAUAUUUUCAAUCGAAUACAAUUACAAAAAUUUCAAAGGUGGCUGCAUUACUAAAGAGGGUAACUUUCUAGCUCUACCUGGUUCGGAUAAAAGUGGCGAUGUGUUGGGAGUAUAUCAAGCAAAAACAGGAACUCAUUUGUACAAUCUACAGUUGAAAUAUACAAACUAUAAGGAGCUAACCGGAAUUCGUGCAAUGCCCCAUGAUACAAAUCAGAUCGUAAUCAUUGAUGAAGAGAAAGGAAACAUCCUUGAUUUGAAAAAGAAGACGCUUGUCAGAUCCGUCUUGAAAUGGAAUGGGAUGGCUAUGAAAACUGGGAAAACAGGUCUUUAUGCUCCAAACCGAGGUGGCCUUGAUCUACUAGAUCUAAAAUCGGGAAAGACUGUCCGAACGUUGAUCCCACGUGUGGCAGAGGGUGUGUUUAGUAUUGAUGUCAUGUUCACAGAAAACGACAAACACGUUGUGUAUUAUCAUUCUGGUCAUCGCACACUCCGCGUGUUCCGAAUAUCUGAUGGCAAAAGGAUCGCCAACUUUAAGGCACAUGCGGAAGUCUCGUAUAUGGCAGGAACGAUGGAAGGAGGGACAUUAGUAAUCGGAGCAGUUGAUGGUAGUUUAACAAUUCUCACCAUUGCGGAUCCGGAGUAUGAAGAAAAUGUCGAGUUUCUGCAGUCUCUCCCUAGCAGACAUCUAGCAAGAGCUGCCAAUGGACUUCCUGGGGAGGGUGAAGUAGUGACAGGAAAGAACAGCAUGGGCACAGCACUACAGGUUGCAAGAUGAGGUGCAACGUUUGAAAGGUUUCCGUGAAGAGGUGAUAUGAUACUUCUGGAUUCCUGAAGACUAACUGCAAUAUUGUCAAAUCGUCAUGGAAAUGUUGACAUUACAGGGCGUGUCCCGAUUACGAGUUAUAUUUCUUUUGCUAUUGUUUCUAUCACACAUAACAUAACUAGAAAAUGACUACGUUCUCACCUCAUGGAUCCGCCUCUGAUCUACGACUCCACGGACACACAUAGGAUAUUGAUAGGUGAUAUACAGCCUGCAAGCGAGAUUGUAUUUUCCGUAUGGAAAAUCUAAAAAUCAAAUGUAAUUUGUCUCACAUAAAUAUAACAUCUAUCCAAGGUAUAUGCAUACAUGCAACAGUACGAAGAGGAUUUAUAUAGCCUAGGUAUAGUGCCUGCUGUCCGACCCUAAUAUGAAUUAUCAUGUUAAAGUACUGUAUAAUUUUUUUUAAUGUACAAGUAAUGCAAGUGUAUGAAAAUGCACUUCUUUUACAAAAAAUAUAGAUAAGAGAGUACAUUUAUUUACAUGUAUAUAGAUAUUGUGUAGAGUACAUAUGUCGCGAGGCUAUACCGAGUGAAAAUUUACACUUUCUGAAGGAGCAAGAUAAUGCAAAUUUUAAAAUCACAUUCGAAGAAUAUGUAACGUAUUUAGCAUGGAAUUAAUAGCGUAAUAUGUCGUAAUUCGUAAUCACCAAUUAAACAUAAAUCAUGCAUGACCCUGCCGUGGUUUAACGUGCGCGCAACCAAAAAAGACAUGCGCCUUCAUUUUCUCUACCCAGAGUUCCGUGCGCUACUCGCACUAUACCCCUGUCAACGCUCAAUUUACAGAAAUCUUAUAAAAGUCUCUAAUAUCCAACAUUUAUGUGGUGUAUGAAAAGAGGUACACGUAUAAACUGUUGCCAGAACUUUUAAAAGGAAAGGAAAUUAAAAUGACUGUUUAUAAACAGCAUGCGAUUGUAUUGUCACGUGAUUCCAAGCGUUGACAGAGGUGUAAGUGAAGCUUGCGUAACGCGCCCUCUGGUGAGAGAAUGGCACCUUUAUGCAAAGGCUACUCUAUAGACAGUGCGUCAUAAUCUAUACAUACAUUGUAUUAUAUGAGAUAGAUACAUAUUUCAUGUUGAUGGAACGUGUUUGGCAACAUGUAGUAGUCCUUCCACUAAUCAUAGUACUUAAAAAAAAACUAUAGAUCAAUUACGUACAUGUAUAUCUUAGAUAAUCAGAAAUGUAUUUGUUUUGUAUCUAGGCCAAUGUCAUUGUAAUGCAUAGCUUUAGUACGCGUAUAUAUUAACCAUAGAUUUUUAAUGGUAGACCCCCCCCACCUUUCAAAGAUUCCUGGAUCCGCCCCUGCAUAAGAUAGAUUACCGAGUAAAGAAAAACAAUAGUCAACAAAAAGCAAACAAACAAACAAAUACAAAAGAAAACUAAUUUUCAUCGCGAUGAUUGAAAUCAUCGUUACUACACUUUCAAAUUUAGAUAUUUAAAAUCAUAGUGUAUGCCUGUUGCGUCCCGCCAUCUGUUGUAAAAAUCUAUUAAGUUAGAUAGGCAAAAUGCAUGUAUAAAAAUAAAGACUAUUUGAAAGGCAUAUUGUCACUGUGUUCAUUUUUUAAUCAAUGAAAUAUUUCAUCAAACUUUGUUGAAGGAUGAAAGUUUGAUCAUAUUUCAAGUUCAUGUAAAUCCAUUUCAAGCAGAGAACCACUAUUCGGAGUUCAUGUUCAUGUAUUACAUUUGGAAUGGGUG